AUGGAAGAAUUUGUAGGGAGUGGAUCUCUGAAAGAACUUCUCCCAAGGCUGAUAGAAGAAGGCUGGGACGACGUUCCAGCUCUGAAGAUCAUCAAUUCAGAAGACAUGGAUGAAAUGGGCAUGAGUCAGCAACAUAAGGAUGCACUUGAAAUUAGGUCAUACCUGCAUGAUCGUGCACUGCUGCAGUAUGGGGAUAAACUCGAGGCGUCAGGGAAAUGUCUGCCUGAGCUUCUUAGCUUGAGUGUUGCAGAUCUUUCUUCUCAGCUCGAGAUGAAGAGAGGACAUGUCGCCCGUUUCUUGGACAGAACCAGUGCAUGUGCAACGGAUCCUCCGCCAGUGUCACAUUCCUCGUUAACAACAAGACGAAACACCAUGGUCUCUAGUAACAGCAUCUACAGGAAGGAUCUUUCAUCCCUCAACUCUGGAAAACUAAAGAGCAUGACGAGAACACCAGGAAGCAACAGAUCCUAUAAUCUUCCCCUCGAGCAAUCCAUGGCUAGUUUCAAGAUCAAAGAGGGACACGUCUUUAAGGGAAUUGUAGCAGCAAUUCCAGCAGAUCCUACAGCUUGUGGUUGUGUACAACCUCCCCCAAUACUUAAAAUUUUAGCUCCUUAUUCCACUAUUGAGAAUAUCUCUGUCCAGAAACUAACUCCGGAAUAUAAGAUAGGAAUGGAGCAAUUGGUCAAAACGAAGACACCUCCCAUGAAAUCUUCGGAGUUAUGGCGUGAAAAACCAGCUAUUUUCCUCUGCAUACGUAGACCCGGGUGCAUCAUGUGCAGAGCUGAAGCCCACCAACUAUAUUCCAAGAAAUCCAUAUUUGAUGCGCUCGGCAUCCAAUUAUAUGCCGUUCUUCAUGAGCAAAUAGAAACGGAGGUAAAAGACUUCUGGCCUCGAUACUGGGGUGGCGUUGUACUCUUUGACAGGAGCAAGGAGUUUUUCAAAGCCCUUGGUGGAGGAAAGCUGCUUAAAGGUAAGUUCAUAUCUGGUUUCCUAUUCAACCCACGAGCAAUUGCAAAUUACAAGCGAGCGAAGACUAUUGCAGUGGACCAGAAUUUUAAGGGUGAGGGAGAGAUAAAAGGUGGACUUUUCAUAGUUGGUAGAGGAAAGAGUGGCAUUGCUUACCAGUUCAUCGAAAGAAACUUUGGUGACUGGGCACCACUAGAUGAAGUAAUAGAAAUCUGUACUCGACUCCAGGUAGUUAAACUUAUUUCUAGCCUUUUCUAA